AGCAACUUGGUUGAUUGUAUUCUCGUUGUCGUCUCACUCGUUUCUUUGUUAUUGCGUCUGCACUGCACUGUCUUGUCUUCAUUAGCAUCAUGUAUUCGUCUUCGAAUUCGUUCUUGGGCGGCACCAACAGUGGUCGUCCGGCCCCUGGAGGUUUCGGGCAACAGCAGUCAUUCGGUGGUUCCUUUAAUCAAGCUUCCCAGCAGCCAUCACCUUUCGCUCCGCAGCCUACCGGCUACUCCGGACAGCUACAGACGCAACAGACUGGAUUUCCAGGCUUCGCACAGCAACAAAGCUUUCAAGCACCUCCGCAACAGCCGCAGUACACUGGAUACCCUCCUGCUCAAAACCAAGCACAGCAACCUCAGUACCAACAACCACAACAGGCACCACAGCCACCACCUUUCCAGCAGCAGCCAUCGUACCAGAGCGCUCCGCCACCUCAGCAGCAACCCCCUGCGCCCGCACCACUCCGUCCUCAGCAGACCUCCGCCCAGAUCGCGCAGUCCUUUAGCGCUGGAUCAUCCAGCACCCCGACAAGAGGCAGAGCACCGAGCAAGGCCUCCAGGAAGAUCCCCAACAUCCGGUUGUCUUUCAUCACCGCGACCGAUCAGGCAAAGUUCGAGCAGUUAUUCAAGUCUGCCGUUGGUGACAAUCAAGCGAUAAGUGGAGAAAAGGCUAGAGACCUGCUAUUGAGAUCCAAACUGCCUGGGAGCGCAUUGUCGCAGAUAUGGAUACUGUCGGAUACAACCAAGUCAGGGCAGCUUCUGUUUCCAGAGUUUGCCUUGGCCAUGUAUCUUUGCAACUUGAGCCUCACCGGGCAAAGUCUGCCACCAGUACUUCCAGAGAAGAUCAAGAACGAGGUGUCCAGCAUGGUCGAUAUCAUUUCGUUCGGUGUACCAGAUGAAGGCCCAGUCUCUCAAUCUCGCACGAAUGCACCAGACUUCGAUGCACCUCUGCGACAGAACGCUGUCUCUCCUCCCGCUCCGCAGGCACCGCGACCACAACAGGCAUCAAAUCAGCAGCUCUUGACGCAGCUUACGUCGCAGCCAACUGGCUUCUUCAACCAAGCGACAGGCUUCCAGCCUGGCCUUCAAUCUCAACCGACCGGCUUCCCAGGUCCGCAACCAGGUAUACAGUCGCAAGCUACUGGAUAUCCGCAAUCCACCGGAUACAAUGGGCCGCGGCCACCGCUUCCACCUAUGCCUACUGGAUACGGAAGUAACAUGUCACCACAACAGACCGGACCUCUACAAGCACAACCAACUGGAAUUCCCGGUCAGUGGGGCUUUGUCAAUGCGCCAGCAACAGGACUACCAAACAUCGAAGCACUUCAGCAACGUCUGAUGCCUCAAGCUGGUCGCGAAGGGGGUUAUACCACCCAAGGCCUCUCUGGCAGUGCCAAGAUCCCAUGGGCUGUCACGAAAGACGAAAAGAAGCUCUAUGAUCAACUCUUCCGCGCUUGGGACGGACUCGGGAAAGGUUAUAUCUCUGGAGACACUGCAAUUGAGAUUAUGGGCCAGAGUGGCCUGGAUAGGCCUGACCUCGAAAAGGUUUGGACUUUGUCAGAUCCUAAUAACAAGGGUCGACUCAACAUGGACGAAUUUGCCGUUGCGAUGCACUUGAUCUACAGAAAACUCAAUGGAUAUCCUGUCCCAAAUCGACUCCCACCAGAGUUGAUUCCUCCCUCAACGAGGAAUAUCAACAGCUCUCUCGACACCGUCAAGAGCUUGCUAUCACAAGACGCCGAAGCCAGAAAGCAAUCAGGCGCCUUUUUGCAACCACAAAAGACCGGAGUGAGCUAUCUCAAAAACCACUCUUUUCGGUCAGGGUCGAGCUCCCCAGCCUUUGGACGAAAAGAUGCAACCGUGUUCCGCAAUAAUGAUGAUGAUAUCGGAUAUCGUUCAAGUGCCAGACGCCGCCUUGGAGCGGAAGGAAGAACGCCAUCGCCCGCUCCGUCCUCCGAAGUUUCCGACACCAGCAACGACGACUUGACCCCUGAUCAGAUCAGAAAGAAGAUUCGCGAGAAGAAAAUCCUUCUUGAUGCCACGGAUUUCCAAGACGAGCGUCAAAACGACGACGACGACGUCCUUGACCGACGUGAUAGAAGAGAAGCAGAGGAUCUCUUCCGCCAGAUACGUCGCUUUCAAGAUGACAUUGAUACUCACCCUAACUCCGGGCUUGGCGGUUCUGAUACGGGUGCAGAGCGAAGAUCCAUGCGUAGGGAGUUGCAAAGAUACCAGGAUCGGCUACCAGCAUUGGCCUCAGACGUUCGUAAGAUUGAAAAGAACAUUGCAGAGGCCAAGCUGCAGCUAUUCCGCCUGAAAGACGCCAAAGCCCAUCCCAAUAGUGCCUCAAACAUCGUCGGUACCGGUCCUGGAGGAGCGGUCACGGAAGCUGAUCGUAUCAAAGCACGAGCGAGAGCUAGGAUGCAAGCUAGAGCUGCUGAGCUGUCAGGACGCCCGGUCCCGGCAGGUGACGAUGAAGGUGGUGCUCAAAGACGUCUGGAACAAGAGUCCUCGCAAGUCAAGUCCGAACAAGAACGGAAUGAAGCCAUGACUCGCGAUGUCGAAGAGGGCGUCAAGGAUUUCGUCUCCAGUCUUGAAGACGGUCUGCGCGACCAGGGUGAGAAUGCAAAUCAAGAACAUGAGCGAAGACGAUGGGAGGAAGCUCUCGGCGUGGAAGACGAAAUCAAGGAACUGAUCUACGACCUACAACGGAGCAGCCGGACAGCCAAGGUCCGCAAAGAAGAGUAAGUCGAUCGACGUUAUCUGAUCUGGUGGCACCACUAACAUUGCCAGACAAUCUCGUUCUGUAUCGCAGC